CAUUAUGUCAGUGUCAAAAUUAUAACUAUUUAUUAUCGAGAAGUACCUACCGAAGAAUUGAAAUAUCAUUUCCCGAUAGAUAUUUAUAACAAAAAUAUUUCAAUGCAAAAAUGUUAUGACUUCCGGUAACCACCUGUAUAUGCGAUUUUUGUUGGAAUAACAAUGAAUGACCACACUGAUCUCAACAAAAAAGAAACUUUGAAACGAUUCAAAAAGAUUCCAGUUCACGUAGUAGAAGAACACAAUGAUGCUCUUCAGUUUAUAUAUUCCGCUAUAGGAGGCAAAAAAUUGCCGACAGAGGGCACAACAUUGCUGCAUUUAGAUGCACAUCCAGACAUGCUUAUAGAUCGUAAAUUAAAGGGGCGAGAAGCUCGCUCUGGUAGAAAACUUUUGCCAUUAUUGCAAAUAGAAAAUUGGAUUGUGCCCGCGGCGGCAGCUGGCCAUUUAGGUCGAGUGGUAUGGCUGCGGCCACCGUGGGCGAAGCAAUUUACCGACGGCACUCGCGUUAUACAUGUGGGAGACCACCCUGCGACAGGCUUGCUUCGCAUAGACAGUAAAGAGCCUUAUUAUUUGUCGGACGCAUUGUAUUCAACGAAACUGCUCAAUGAAAAGGCAUUUACAUUUACCGUUGCAGAGCUAUUGGAUGUCGACGAGGAUCGUAUAAAUAAAUUGGCUCUGAAUCUUGGAAUCAGUCAGCCGUAUGUUCUUGAUAUAGACUUAGAUUUCUUUAGUACUGGUAAUCCGUUUCUUAAUUUGUUCGAGGAAAUUGGAUUAUACGAUCGAUUGGAAACAAUCUUCAGUUCAAAUCUCCCGUCUGUUUGUGACGUUAAAACGCUAGAAGAAUAUACAGAGAUAAGAGAAUCCGAAUUACAAGAACUCGAAAACAUAUUUGUACAUUUAGAAAAGUUUGGCGAUUUAAGUCUAUACAAAGGAUCGAAUACAGAUAUUUAUAAAAAGGUAUGUGAUUUGGUCAAAGUUGUCACUGCGGAAGCGAACAGACUGGGUCAAACUCCUGACUGGUGGAUGAUAUACGCGGCAGGCUGUACAAGAGACCAAGGUGGAUUGCCGUAUCACAUUAGCACGGAAGAACAAAUAGAAACAGCUAUUAAGAAAACUUUAAAACAAUUCUUACACAAUCUGCCUCCGCCUGUUUUAAUUACCGUCGCUAGAUCUACGGAUGAUGGAUACUGCCCGUCAGACCAAGUGGAUCUGAUACAGUGUCUUGUACUGGAAACAGUCAAAGAUGUUUUUGAAACGGACGAACCCAAUUUACAUUAUCUUAAUACUUCCAAUCAAGCUUGAGUUGUUAUUAUAAAAUAAUAUACUAACCUUUAC